AUGUUACUCCAGGCAGCUCUCCUGGUCGGCCUGCAGCUCUCCAUCUCCUGCUGCUGGGCUUUCAGUUGCCAAGCCACGGAGUUCUCUCCUGACUUCAGCCUGCCUGGGGAUUACCUGCUUGCAGGCCUGUUCCCUCUCCAUGCUGAGUGUCUGCAGGUGAGACGCAGACCCAAGGUGACCCUUUGUGACAGGCCCGACAGCUUCAACGGCCACGGCUACCACCUCUUGCAGGCCAUGCGAUUUGGCAUUGAGGAGAUAAACAACUCCACGACCCUGCUGCCCAAUAUCACCCUGGGGUAUGAGCUGUAUGACGUGUGUUCAGAGUCUGCCAAUGUGUAUGCCACGCUGAGCGUGCUCUCCCUGCCGGGGACAAACCACAUAGAGAUCCAGAGAAGCCUUCCCCACUAUUCCCCCAAGGUGGUGGCCGUGAUUGGGCCCGACACAACCACCCGAGCUGCCACCACUGCUCCCCUGCUGGGCUCCUUCCUGGUACCCCUGAUCAGCUACGGGGCCAGCAGCAUGAUGCUCAGCGAGAAGUGGCGGUUCCCCUCUUUUCUGCGCACCAUCCCCAGUGACAAGCACCAGGUGGAGGUCAUAUUGCUGCUGCUGCAGAAGUUCGGGUGGGUCUGGAUCUCACUGGUCGGCAGUGACGAUGACUACGGGAUGCUGGGUUUGCGGGCACUGGAGGACCAGGCCACCCAUUAUGGCAUCUGCAUUGCCUUCAAGGACACCGUGCCUUCCUUUGCCCAUGUGGGCAAUGAGAAGAUGCAGAGAAUGAUGUGUCACCUGGCCCAAGUCAGGGCCACCGUCGUGGUAGUUUUCUCCAGUCGGCAGCUGGCCAGGGUGUUUUUCGAGUCCGUGAUAUUGACCAACCUGACUGGCAAGGUGUGGAUCGCCUCAGAAGCCUGGGCCAUCUCCAGACACAUUACUGAGGUGCCCGGGAUCCGGGGCAUUGGGAUGGUGCUGGGUGUGGCCAUCCAGAAGAAGCUCAUCACUGGCCUAAAGGAGUUUGAAGAGGCCUAUGCCCAGGCAGACAAGGAGGCUCCCAGGCCUUGCUCCGAGGAUUCCUGGUGCAGCAGCAAUCAGCUCUGCACAGAUUGUCAUGCUUUCUCAGCACACACGAUGCCCAAGCUUGAAGCCUUCUCCAUGAGUUCUGCCUACAACACGUACCAGGCUGUGUACGCCGUGGCUCAUGGCCUCCACCAGCUCCUGGGCUGUGCCUCUGGAGCCUGUUCCAGGAGCCAAGUCUAUCCUUGGCAGCUUCUGGAGCAGAUCCGCAAGGUGAAUUUUCUUCUACACAAUGACACUGUGACAUUUGACAACAAUGGGGACCCCAUCAGUAACUAUAACAUAAUUGCCUGGGACUGGAGUGGGCCCAGUUGGACCUUCAGGGUCAUUGGCUCCUCCACGAGGUCUCCAGUUCAGCUGGACAUAAAUAAGACCAAAAUCCAGUGGCAUGGAAAGAACAAUCAGGUGCCCGAGUCUGUGUGCUCCAGCAACUGCCUUGAAGGGUACCGGCGAGUAGUUGUGGGUUUUCACCACUGUUGCUUUGAGUGUGUGCCCUGUGAGAAUGGGACCUUCCUCAACAAGAGUGACCUCUACAGCUGCCAGCCUUGUGGGAAAGAAGAGUGGGCACCUGAGAGAAGCCAGACCUGCUUCCCGCGCACCGUGGUGUUUUUGACUUGGCAUGAACACAUCUCUUGGGUGCUGUUGGCGGCUAAUACGCUGCUGCUGCUGUUAGUGGUUGGGACUGCUGGCCUGUUUGCUUGGCACAUAGACACCCCUGUGGUGAGGUCAGCCGGGGGCAGGCUGUGCUUCCUUAUGCUGGCCUCCCUGGCAGUGGGUAGCUGCAGUCUCUAUGGCUUCUUUGGGGAGCCCACUCUUCCCACGUGCUUGCUGCGCCAGGCCCUCUUUUCCCUCAGUUUCACCAUCUUCCUGUCCUGCCUGACAGUUCGCUCCUUCCAACUGGUCAUCAUCUUCAAGUUUUCCACCAAGGUACCCACGUUCUACCAUGCCUGGGUCCGAAACCAUGGUGCUGGCCUGUGUGUAACGAUCAGCUCAGUGGCCCAGCUGCUUAUCUGUCUAACUUGGCUUGUGGUGUGGACCCCUCUGCCCACCAGGGAAUACCAGCGCUUCCCCCAGCUGGUGGUGCUUGAGUGCACAGAGACCAACUCACGGGGCUUCAUGCUGGCUUUUGCCUACAAUGGCCUCCUCUCGGUCAGUGCCUUUGCCUGCAGCUACCUGGGCAAGGACCUGCCAGAGAACUACAACGAGGCCAAAUGUGUCACCUUCAGCCUGCUCCUCAACCUAGUGUCCUGGAUCUCCUUCUUCACCGUGGCCAGCGUCUACCAGGGCCAGUAUCUGUCCGCUGUCAAUGUGUUCGCCGUGCUGAGCAGCCUGAGCGGUGGCUUCGGCGGUUAUUUCCUUCCCAAGUGCUAUGUGAUCCUUCGCCGCCCCGAUCUCAACAGGACAGAGCACUUCCAGGCCUCAAUCCAGGAAUACACGAGGCGUGGUGGCUCCACCUGA